CUGUCAGCGGCUCGCGGCCGCCGCAGUCUCGACCGGCAUUUGUUACGCGCUCGAUCGUUAUUCAUUUGUUCGCGCCGAAAUCGUGCUCAAACAAUCGCGAAUCGACACAACGGCUUGCUUCGUUUCCUUCCGGAUUUCGGGAUUGUGAAUGUGUGCGGCUCAGUGUCAGUGAGAAUUAAAACAACACAGUGGUCGCCUGAAAAAGAUAUACACAACAACUGGGAAACAAGUAAAAAAGUUUAUUAAGUUGUUAGGUUGUUCGAAAAGAAGAAGUUUCGUUCGGUGAUGUUUACCAUAAGAAAAUGAGUGAAUUGUGGAUUUAAUGGAUUUAAAAUUGGCAUGGGAAGUGUCACUGGAAAUACUGUAAAAUAAUCAUCGGUUUUUGUUGAGUAUUAGUCAAAGUCAAGAUGUCAAACAACGCUCUCAAACGCGAUAAUACAAGUGCGUCAGCAAAUGUGUUAAUGUGCCGACAAUGGUGGAAGGUGUGCUGGAUGUACGGUGACCAAGAAAAAUAUUAUAGACAGCUCUACGGUAAAAAAAGUGAACAAGGUGAUAAGAGUUCGAAAAAGGGUUUACAUUUUCAAAAUUUUUACGAAAACGCGCUUGCGGAUCAGAAGAACGACGAUGACAAUACGUUGCCAGUGAAUAGUAGUUUUAGUAUAGAAGAAACAAGGACGCCUUCACCAAAUAGGGAUGGAGAUCAUUCUCCAGGAUUUGCCAGUUUGAACAUAGCUACAGAUAUAGAUGAGUCAGUUUGCAGAAACUAUCCAUACCAGGACUCCAUGUCAAACAAUAACGACGGAGGCAUCGGUCCUAUAUCCCCUCCCGCUUUACUCUCACCUAGCGGGAAGUUACCGUCGCCCGGGGGGAAACUCCCCUCCUUGGAUCCAGCCGAUAGGUUUUUGGGCAAAGGAUCUCCGUUUUCUCCGUCAAAUGGAGAUCCACAGAGGCAUUCACAGAGCGAUGAUGACAGCGGGUGUGCUUUGGAGGAGUAUACGUGGGUGCCACCAGGACUGAGGCCAGAUCAAGUGCACUUAUAUUUCAGCGCCCUUCCGGAGGACAAAGUGCCGUACGUCAACUCCGUGGGGGAGCGGUAUAGAGUGAGGCAACUCCUUCAACAGCUGCCCCCUCACGACAACGAAGUACGCUACUGUCAUGCCUUGUCCGACGAGGAAAGAAAGGAGCUCAGGCUCUUCUCGGCCCAAAGGAAAAGGGAAGCGCUGGGUAGAGGGGCUGUCAGACAAGUGCCCAGCAGCAUGCAGUGUGACGGGUGCGAAGAAACCCUCUCCGCAGGUGACAUCGGAGUAUUCGCUAGCCGAGCUGGGCCAAACACCUGCUGGCAUCCUGCUUGUUUCACCUGCACCGUUUGCAGAGAGCUCCUUGUCGAUCUCAUUUACUUCUACAGGGAGGGUCGACUGUAUUGUGGGAGGCAUCACGCAGAAACCAUCAAACCUAGAUGUUCAGCUUGCGACGAGAUCAUUCUCGCCGACGAAUGCACAGAAGCGGAAGGGCGCGCGUGGCACAUGAAACACUUCUCUUGCUCAGAAUGCGAAAGACAGCUCGGAGGACAAAGGUACAUCAUGCGAGAUGGAAGGCCAUACUGUUUACAUUGUUUCGACGCCAUGUUCGCGGAAUACUGCGACUCAUGCGGCGAACCAAUCGGCGUGGAUCAAGGCCAAAUGUCUCACGAGGGUCAACACUGGCAUGCCACUGAGAGCUGUUUUUGCUGCCAUACGUGCCACACGUCGCUUCUAGGAAGGCCUUUCCUGCCUAGAAGAGGCGCUAUUUACUGCUCAAUAGCGUGUAGUAAAGGGGAGCCACCUACACCCAGUGACUCUUCUGGUCCUAAUACUAGAGUACCCAGGCAGCCUCUAAAAAACAGACCACCUAGGCCUCCUUCACCGAACGAAAGUAGUACACCCCCACAAUCACCUUCUAUGAGACGACACCUACCACCCAGAUCUCCUACAGCGUCGUCUCCCUCUUCUCCCCCCGGGCAAUAUGUAAAUAGAUCUCCUACUACCACAAGGUCGCCUAAAAUGGGCCGAAGAGCCUUGCAAAGAUCACCCAAACCAGUUUCUAUACCUAGCACUCCCACCUUAUCUGACAACGGAACUACUACCUCACAAAACGAUCCAAUAACCGAAGAAGUAAUCUCCAAAGGCUUACCUGUACUGUCGCCAAGUUGUCGAGGCUUAGAUAGGGUGUUGUUAGAAAGGAAUUUAGAACGUCUUCUUACAGAAAGAGGUAACCAAGGACAUUCACCAGAUCUUGAAAAGUUACUACUAGCGAGAGAUAGAAGCCGAGAACCACUACAUUUAGCGGACUUGAGCAUCGAUGACUGGACUUCUCGUUCAGUUUCAGACAAUAAAAAAGAAGAAUCCGAUAAACAAAGCAGUAACGCUGAAGAAAAGGAUUCCAACACGAGUAAUGCCGAUCAAACACCGCAACACGCGUCUUCCAUGCCAGAGUUAGCGAUUCCAGGAGGAUCUAGCGAUGCUGGCAAUUCUACCACUCCAGGAUCUCCAAGCAAAAAAGGAAAAGGACCGCUUAGUGUACGAUUUCAAGGAGAUAACGAAGCUUUUGUGGCAGACGAGAACGAUAACGCUAGCUUAGAAGCUUCUAGAAAGUUUCCUAGGUCUAGGAGUUACUCAGGUAGGUCAAGACAUGGAGGAGAUAGUCUACCAAGAAAAGGAAAGUCAAGGAAGCCUUCCUGCUCGAUUCCACAAGCUGGAUGCUCGACUUCCAAAUCAAGAGAUAGAGACGACGAUACAGAAAGUUAUUGUUCAACGUGCUCUUCCAGUUCUUCCAGCGAUGAUCUUGAUUACCAGUUACCACCACGAAGAGCCUAUGGUGGUGUGCGGAUAUCCUACGUUCCUAAUGAUACUCUUGCCAUAGCUAGACGGAGACAAGCUACCAUUCAGAAGUCGCCGAGUAAGAAGGGAAUGUCGAUCGACGACAAGGAUAAGAACUGCAUCAUAUCGUGAUUUUGGACAAUAAAAAGCCGAUGGUACGAGAAGAAUCGUUACUAGGUCGAGGCAAUUGAAGCUUACAAUAUUGACACGAUGAAAUAUUUGUCAUAUCUAUAGAAAUUUCUAUGAUUAUACAGCAGUUAAGUAUAUUACAAACUGCCUUCGAAUAGCUCUAGAUUCCAUAUGGUCGUUUUUUAUCCAAAUACUGACAUUUUUUUAAUUUUCAAAUUUCCUGACAAAUUUUCCAAAAUUUAUUAAGAAAAAGUCAAAUGAAGAAAUUUCCUGUAUAAGGGUAUUCUUGAAGGUAGUUAAAAAUAAAAGACAAUAAAACUAUAGUGCUAGCCAAAACUUCCCUCCCCCUCGUAUCUUUUUGGUGGUAAAAUAAAUAGACGUAGGCUUCCCAAAUAGUCAUAACCAUAGAGGUAUAUAUUAACAUAGAGGGAGCCUACCUUCCGCGCUUCCUGACGACAAGAUCUCAUGGACUGGUUUGCUGCAUCUCUUUCUAACACAUUGUAUCGAAAAUCUAUGAUGACAUUCAGUGUGAAUAUAGGCACGGAAGAGGAGGACAACUGUAGCAGCUUUACUAUGCGUAAGAGUGAAACAGCACUAAUCCAAAUAAAAAAGAUGGUGUCGUCACUUCGCUCUGAAUGACACUCUAUGCUAAUAUAUAACUCUAUGGUCAUAACAGGUGACGUAAUAGUGACAGAUGACAUUACAGAACCACAAGACCAAUAAUUUUAAAUGGUACCUUGUGGCAAGUGAUGUCUCGUUUGAAAGUUAUUGAAAAUACAUAUUCAAUCAUACUAAUUUUGUUUAGGCUCAAGUUGGUUUUGAUGAAUAAAUUAAAUAAAUAUAAAAAUUAGAUUCGCAUUUAAUGAAUUCAAUUUCAAACGUCCGCCUAUGAUUACUUGUCAAAAAAGUUGAGGUAAAAACAACUAUAGUUUGUUUUUAAACCAAGAGAAGUGAUUCACAUUCACCGCGUAGUAAUAGGGAUUUUUAUUCACAGUCAUUUGUUUCAAGUUUCGGUCAUAUAAUCCGUGUAUAUUAAUAUUAUACACAGAUCAUACAACAUAUGACAGUGACAGAAGCUCGACAAUGAAUGACAAUCGAUGAAAAGCCCUAUUGGUCCAACAGCAGGUAAGUUUACUCCACUGUUAUAAAAUUUUGACACUAAUCACAUUUAUCAAGUUUUGACACUUUUGGCAUUUCAUAGGUUAAUUCAGUUAGGUAUAUCGGCGAUUUUUUGUGUUUUCUGUAUUAUUUCUUUAAUUUUUAGAUAAUUAGUCUGAUUUGAUAUAAAAAGCAGUUGUUUUUAGAACUCUUCAGCGAUGUAUUAAUAUAAUAUUUAUGGAUUACCAUGGGCGCCCAUACCCAUGGCCAAGGGGGGCCGUGGCCCACCUAGCUUUUCGGGUGCUUUGAACUAUAUAUGGUUAUCCAAAGUAUACAAAAUAUAAUGUGCAACAUUUUCACGUCUGCCCCCCAUGAAAAUUUUUAUAUGGGCGUCGGUGUGGAUUACCGUUGAGGGCCGACAUGAUCAACCAAAGAAGAUGUAUUUUAGGGUUAUUUUUCUAGUGACUGUCUUGGGUGUGAAUCUGCCUUUUUAGUUUACUCCUCCUAGUUAAGAAAUAAACAAUAGAGAGUUGAAAAACGUCAACUUUUUUGACAAGUAACCAUAGGCGGACGUUUGCAUUUUUAUUAAUUAAAUACGAAACUACAAUUUCAGAUUUAUUUAAUAUAAAUCAAGUUAAACCCAAACAAAAUUAGUAUGACUGAAUAGGUAUGUUCAAUGCUUUUCAAACCAGAUAUGACUUGCCAUAGGGUCCCAUUUAAAAUUAUCGGUCAAAGUGGCUCUGGAACGUCAUCUGUCACUAUUACGUCAUCUAUUAUGACUAUUUGAGAAACCUACGUCCGUUUAUUUUCUCCCUCAAAAUUUCACUAUUCUAAUUAUAACCGUUCAAAAGAUACGAGACGGGACAGACUUUUGACUAGCACUGUUUAAGAAUGGAAGGAAAAAUCUAAAAGGUCUAUAGACUUGUUGUUUUUUUUACGUUUUUUUUAAAUUGUCUUUCCAAAAGUACACAAAUGAUUUUUUUUUUCAAUUAAAAUGUUGUUGAACAUUUUGAUAUCUUAUAAAGGACUGUUAAUAAAGAUUAUCUGUUAACGAUUUGCAGCUUCUAUAAAUGUAGAUUUUUUUUGCUCAAAUAAGUAAUAUUUGUUCAUCACAAACUAGAAUUUGCCGGUACCAAUUCUUUAUAAACGGACCUGUAUAUGGCAGUAACUCUUUUUGUUUGUUCGUUUUAUUUUCGAAUCAAAGUAAUUUCUAGCAGCUAACGUUGUGUCAUAUCCAAAAAAUACUCAAACUAUUCGUUGCCUUCCACACCUCAAUGAUGGCAAAAGAAUUUUUUAAAAACCUUUGUCGAAAAUAUGGAUUUUUGGUAAUAAAAACGAUUAAUUUAAGCAAAUGUUACAAUUUAGGCAUAUGUAUAUCUUACUACAAUACGUAGAAAAUAGUCCAGCAUCUUUUUUGGGGUCCCAAAAAAGAUGCUGGACAUUCUCAGCAAAAUUCAACUUACGACUUACGAUCAUAUGAUUUUCAGAGAUUCAGGUACUAAACGCCAUUUUUCUUUAACAAUUCGUACAUAUUUUCGACAAAAAGUUUCCCUCUUUAGCUAUCAUCCCCAAUUUGCCAAAAAUGUAAUAUGCAAUAUGUAUUCAGGGUACAUACUGUCCAAAAUAAAAAAUUAGAUGCCUUGAUAUAUCUUAUGUACUUAUCUACGCUUCAAAAUAUAAAUUAUUAUACAUAUAUAUUAUACGUGUGUUUUAUAUCAUUGUACAAAGUAGGAUCCGAUUUUAUUGAUACUCUACAAUCAGACGUAGAAAUGUACGUAUUGUACAUUAUUUCCUAUUAGAAAUUUUAAUAUAAUUACUGUUUUUAAUUUUGUAAAUUGUAAAUAAUUCUUGGUUUAUAUUAAAUGUACAACAACUGUGUUAUUA